UUUGGAACUUGAUUGGUUGAGACUAUAUGUUUAUCUUUUUUUCUUUAUCAUAUAGAGGAUUUAUUCAACCUAAAAAUUAGAAGUAAUUGUGUUAAAAUGAUAAAAUUUUCUAUUGUUUAAACAUUUAUUUUAAAAAGUUAUUGAAUUUGAGGGCUAUAGCUAGUGGUUGUAAAGUAUUUCGAUGAAAUUUUUUAGUUAAAAACAUAAAGUCCAAAUCUCAUAAAAAUUUAGAUGGAUAUUGAAGUGUUCUAACCAAAAAUCAUAAUAACCUUUUUAAUUGACUCAAAAUCAUCUUAAAACUCAUAAAAUCAAAUCAUUUCAAAUUAUCUCAAAUACAUAAUUCAAUACAUUAGUAUUUGCUAUUGUUUUAGAGUUAAUUGUUGUAAUAAUUUCUUUUAAGAAAUCAAAACAAUCAAUAUGAAGAUGUAACAAAUUUAAUUGGAAUCUAUUUCCAAAACAAAUACUGGAAAACUUAAAUUUAAACAAUUAAACGAUAUGUUCUUGCAAAUGCUAGUGUUAAUAAAUUAUGAUAGGAAAUUGCUAGCUCGGGCACACUCACCAUUACAUUGUGAAGCCAAGCUUCAAGCAAGGUAAAUGUGUAACAUUUUCGCUAAAAUCCCACAAAUGCAAGCUUAUAGACAAACUUUUUUCAUUGCUGAACAGAAGCAACUUACUGUGCGGAAGUUAUUGAAAAGGAAAAACAAAACUCCUAAAAAAUUAUUGCUUUCACCUCUUUUGUGUUCCUAGGAGUCCCCGAACGGCUUCCCACAAAUUAUUUUGUCUAGUUAGCUUGAACUGUUUCUAGCUAGUGUCUAUUAUUCUGUUUAGGUCUUGCUCGAUUAAUAUGUGUGGAUUUUGUUUUGGAAAUUGAAUAUUACUUAUGAUCAGUGUACUACUUAUGUUAAUGUUUUCGAAUUGUGGAGAAUCUCACAACAUUAGGACGCCUCCUUUCCUUGUAGAAUACUACACAUCAAGAUUGAACUUGCUUUCAGAACGUGACAAAAACAGAGUUAUGAACAAUCAGAAACUCCAAAAAACAAAACACCAAAAACAUAGUAUGAAGAACAGAGCAAAACAUAAAACACAGUCGAAUGUUAACCCAGUUACACCCGCUAACGAGGGUGUUAGUCUGGGCUGAGAACCUCUUCCCGGGAUCCAGCAGAUAUUAUAGAUUACAAGAGAGUUUAAACUUCAAACAUUUUACAAUACUUAUCUUGCUUACGUGUUUCUCUUAAUUUCUCAAGAACAUGAAACGAUCUCUCUACUUUCUCUCACAUCUAUCUUUCUAUACAAUGUCAUAUAUAUAUAUAUAUAUAUGACACUCGCUUGACCUAAUGCACUUUGGGAUGCUUUAGUAAAGCACACUUCUCUUCCCUACGGUUCAUUAAAGACUCAACCUUAUAUGCUUGUUCAAUAGUCGACAAACCAUAGGUUGCCUUUGCUUUAUUAGAUCUGAACCAAACGGCUUACUCUUGUGUUCAUGCAAUCCUAUUUGUCAUGUGAGUUAUCCUUAACAUCUUUAGCCUUCCUUUCGACGUCUAAACAAGUCCCUGAACUUUGAUCUUUUUACUAAAUAUCCCAACACAAAUAAUAAAUACCUUUUUGAUGAGAACUCAAUACUUUAAAUGUAAAUUUCACCACUGAAUCUCAAAUCAACUGAGUCGAAGCUUCUCACAAAAUAUUAGCAAGAUCAAACACUGUUUAAGGAUUUUAACCAGUUAUUUACAUCUUAUUUUCUGCCAAUUUUGAAUAAGAGGGAAAGUAGGCAAUCUGAGUCAAUGUGAGGUUAGAUUUACUCAUUUGUUUCUCCACUAUGAUAUUUUAUUUUGUUGAUUUUCAUUUGUUUUGUUGUUUUUUCAAGCAAUAAUAACAAUUAAUGUAUGGUAAAGACUAAUGUUGGAUAGAAGCAAUGGCAAGUAUGUGUCAUGUCAACUAUAUUUUUCAUCGGUAGCCGAUGUAUUUCAAAAAAAAAGAAAUUUUGCAUUAGAUAUUUGCUUUUGCAACAACGUAAUAUUCAAUUCAUGAAGUAAAUGUGUGUGUAUUUCUAUAUUUAUUUUAGUUAUCAUUAACACGCUCUUUGGAACUAAGAUUAUGAUUAAUCCGAGCUCUUAGGAUGAGAUUUUUAGCUUCAGCUAAGAACUGUUUCUUAACUUUUAAUUAAAAAAAAUUAAGAAUCUAUUUAAGAGAUAUAAAAACCGGUUCUUAGCCGAAAAAUGUAAAAAAAAAAAAAAAGUCAAAUCAUAAGUUAAAAACUCCAAAUUAAUUAUUGUCACUACAUUUUGGAGACCUUUUGCUUUUUCUUCAUGAGUUAAAAUUGAAACGGGAGCAUUAACUUGAUAACUAAAAGUUAUUGGGUGAAACGUAUAUAUAGUAAAAUAUGAGGAUGGGGAAACCGUACGAUAUGAUAUUUUACGCAGUGUUAUGUUGGCCCCUGGUGGUGUUUUAUUAGGCCUGAAUCAUUAAUAGGCAUAUACACUUAGCCCAAUAGAGACUCAUAGUCAAACUAGCUAAUGAUAGAGCAUUAGAGCAAGGAAACGGUUGUCAAAAUACUGUUAGGAUUGGGAUUAGCGUUGCUUUAAAAGGCAAGAAAUAGGUGUAACGUCUACACGCAUGCACUAUCUCUCUCCUUUUCAUCUCCCACUACAUUUAUCUUCUCUCUCUCUGUCUCCACGUUUCUCGCCAACAAAACCAACAAACAGACUCCCUCUCUCUCUCACACAUCUUAUAUUAUUAACCUAAUUAAAUCGAAGACGAAUCUCUGAAUCUCCGGCGACAUAUUUCAAACAAAGCUCGAGCACCGGAGGAAGAAGAACAAAAAAAGAAUAUGUGUUGUGGACGGGUUUGCAUGCUGUGCACGUGUUUGCUUUUGGUUGUGAUCGCGAUUGGGUUUUUAUUCGGAUUCGGAGUGUUCAAGGAUGGUUUCCACAAGAUCCAAGAGACCGUCCAUCUCGAAUGCGAUCCGAGGUUCGGCUGCGGCGGGGACGUUGGGCGUCGCGGUUAUGGUUUCCCAGCUCCCUCCGGUCAUUAACUAGCUGUCUGUCUCCUCGUAUUAAACUCUUUUGAAACCAGCGUCAUUGUCUUUGAAUGUGUUCGGUUCGGUCGGAUUUGGAUAUCUAUCGAUUAUUAGGAUUUAGUUUUUUUUUUUCGUUGUUGUUUUAAAUUUUCUUCCAUAAUAUGUUACCCGUUACAUUGAUUCUUCUUUUUGUAUUCUAAUGUUUCGUCAAUCGUCACUCAUCAGGUUUAGCUUUGUUAUUAUCAUUGUUUGUUUUUUUAUAUUUAGAUAUACAAUUUGAUCAAAUUACUUUA